AUGGCUAUUCGCAAUAAAGGUAAAACCGCCGGCACCGACGCUGGUGGUGGAAGAGAAAGAGACGGAUCUAGUGGUGGAAGAGGAACCGCCGGAUCUGGUAGUGGAAGAGAAACGUCUGUCUCUCGUGGAAAAGGAAAGGGCGUCGCUCUAUUCGACGGCUCUGGUGGUUCACGGACCAGUCGUGGAAGAGAAACUGUCGGAUCUGGAAAUGGUGGAAGAGAAAGCGGUGGUUCUCAUGGAAGAGAAAGCGGCGGUUCUCGUGGAAAAAGAGCCGGCGGUUCUUGUGGAAGAGAAGGCGUCGCAACUUGUGGAAGAGGAGCCGUCGGUUCUCCAAACUCCACUGGUUCUCCAGGCAGUGUUGGCUCCAAACGUCCCGCCGCUUUACCUAUCGACAGUGGAGGUGGUUAUCGCUCCAAACGCAAAGCCAUCCUCUAUGAAGGCGGUGGUCGCAGUGGAGCCGGCGCUGGAGCUUCUACAUCCAACACCGAUGGUGGCACUGGUAGUGUCUCUGAACAGACAACCUCCGCCUCACUGUCUCGGACAAGCCUUCCAGCUCAGUAUCCUUCUCGUACCCUCCCGUUGCAGAUGAAUCUUCGCUCUCCUCCUCCUGGGUGA